GACGGAUUCCUGCUUGCGCUGAUUGGCGGAGCGCUGUCUGCGAGGGACGGCGACGGCGAAUAUGACGUCUUACCUGAAAAGACAUCUGAAAGUGACCUGCACUGCGCGAAAUACCAGCAAGAGACGGAGACCCAGUACCUGCCGCACCUUUACAGACAUUCAACUUCAGGAUAAGGAGUGCAGACCCUCCCUGUGCCCUGUGUGAUGCUGAAGAAUGAGAUGUGGCCAGGUGGUGUUGCUGAGAAUGCCACACGUCUCGUGGGCAGCAUGGUUGGCUUCAAUUCCACUCCUGUGAGUGUUGACACUCCCAUCAGCCAGAAGAAUGACAACCUGGGGCACCUUUCUCCAGAGGAGUGGGAGUGCCUCAUGUUCUUGGAGAAAACCAUUGAGUCCCUGGAGGCUGAGGAGAACAUCGAGCUGUCCAUCGACAAUGCAGACCGCCUGCCCUUUGUCGCUGGCAGUCUGGCUGCAAAAAAAGACCAGGUCCCUUCCCUCAUGGUCAGCACCACACUGGAGGAUGUGCAGAACUGUCCGCAAAAUGAGCCAGAAACCACAAUGACCAAAAACAGAAAGAACCCUCCAAGCAACCGAGUAGCCACUCCACUCGUCCUGGUUAUGGACGGCCAGCCCAAGGUUGGACCAAAACUGUCUCCUGGAAAGUUGGACUCAUGUAUCAAGGCAGCAGCUGACAGCGUGAAUGAAGAGGUCUCUCCGGGCACCCAAAGUGAGACCAAGGCAGCAGGGAGUCCCACUGUUGGAACAACCCAAGCUACUCAGAACGAUCCCGCUUCUGAUUUUACUUCUCCCAGGGGGCCCUUGUCUUACGAGGAGCUUGUACAGAUCCGGAUGAGUGCCUCUGUGAAGAGUGCCCAUAGUCACACCUUGUCCGUGGAAAAGCCCAAACAAUCUGCACAUCCUCCUGUGGAUAUUCACCCACACAAUGGGAGUGCCCAUAUCUCCAACUCAGUCAUAUCAGAGCAGCCCAAAGCCAUUAACGAAAGCCCCAUACCAAAGUCCACCCCUCCCGUUGUUCCUCCCAAACCCAAACUGUCAGCAUUUAGCAUGUUUAACAAGACCCACACACCGGUUACUGAAGACUCUUGUUCUGACACAAGCUACUUGGCAACAUCUCCCAGUGAAAAGAUUAUAAUGGACCCCCUGAGAGUGCGGAAGGAAGCCUUGCGCAAGUUGGGCCUUUUGAAGUCAGACGAGGCCAAUCCAGACACCCUCAUUGGCGUAGCUCAUUCCAGAAGACCUCGGCAGUCCUCUGAGCCAGGUCUGUGCCAUCAUGACCCAGAGCUUCCCAAAAGGACUCCUGGUAAAACGCAGUGGACCCCGAACGUGCAGAGUGCCACGUCAGCGCCAUCGAACCCUUCCCCUGCAAGCAUCGCCGAGAUCAAAUCAGCCACCCUAGGGCGUUUCAGCUUGGGUGCAGGAGGCUCUACAGCCGAGAAUGUGGCCAUCAACCUACGCAACAGCCGGCCACGGCCGUCCUCCCUGGGAAACCAGAAGGACUUUGAGGACAUCCAUGAGGUCAGGCAAAAGCCUACUGCCGCCAAGGCCCUGGGACUCAGCGAGGCUGUUCGGCAGCCCCACAGUGUAAGCGUGGUGAUCAAGCCCUACUGUCAAUUAGGGGACGAUCGACAAGAAGCCCUGAGGAAACUGGGACUGCUAAAGAACUGAGGACCUCAGGGGGCAACAUCUGGCUGGACCCUCCUACAAGCAAGAAUGGGAACUUUCCUCCAUUUUGUUCGGGUACCUAAUUAAUUAGCCAUGUCAGUGAUUUUAAUAAUCUGUGUGAUUCCGCAAAGAUGGUGUGACAGGAAAAAACAGAAGGCUGGUAACUAAGUAUAAAGCAGGGCUUAGGCGCCAAAGCCAAAGUUAUUGUGAAUUUCUUUGUGCCAUCUCCCCGACCGAUUUUUAACGGACAGUUACCCGUUUUACCCUUUGUCCCGAUAGCUGACUGAGAAAUGUCUUUAAACAUUGUACCAUUUUCCUGGAAUACUUUAAAAAAAAAAUUCUGUGUAAUAUUUUAUGGUAAUUCAUAAUGGUUUUUUAUAAUAGUCAUAAUUUCAGCUUAUUAUUCACUGUAAGGAAGGUCAUCACUCUUCACAGAAGUCUCUGUUUAAGUUGUGUUCUACUUCCUGAUAUGUGUUACUUCAGUUUACUCAACACAAUCUGUUGCCCUCGUCUUUAAAACAUAUUGUUUUCUCCUAUACCUUAUUUAAUAUUUAAUUUAAGCUGCUAGCUGGGCUGUUUACUUUGGCACCAAGUGUCUCUGACUGAGUUAACACCCUUUUAUUUGCAGUCUCUCUUCCUAAGGAACUGGUUUUUCCUGUGCCUUUUCAAAAUGGUUUUGGUAAUUAGAUAAAAUUUUCAAAACGAUA